GUAUAAAAAGCCUUCACCAGUCUACAUUUUAUUCAUUGCAAUUUGCAAAACAUCUUCCUAUAGUUACUUGAUUGUCUUCUAUAGGUUGGUUGGAAGAUUGCUUUUGAAAAAUUUUUAACAGCAAAAUGAACUAUGCAUGUUAUCAUAUGGGGUCUGGUAGUAGAACUGAGAGAAGGCCUUUGGAGUUUGGUAAGACUCAUGUAGUGAGGCCUAAAGGAAAACAUCAAGCAACUAUAGUUUGGCUGCAUGGUCUUGGUGACAAUGGUUUGAGCUUAUAUCAGCUUCUCGAAUCACUUCCACUUCCAAAUGUAAAAUGGAUUUGUCCAACUGCACCUACGCGUUCUGUAGCUAUACUUGGUGCUUUUUCUUGCACUGCAUGGUUUGAUAUGGGAGAACUUUCAGAAGAUGGUCCAGUUGAUUGGGAGGGUUUAGAUGCCUCAGCAGCACAUAUUGCUAAUCUGUUGUCAGCUGAGCCACCUAAUGUGAAAAUUGGGAUUGGAGGGUUCAGUAUGGGUGCUGCAACAGCUCUCUAUUCUGCAACAUGUUUUGCCAUGGGAAAGUAUGGAAAUGGAAUUCCUUAUCCUAUCAACUUAAGAGCAGUUGUUGGACUAAGUGGCUGGCUUCCGGGAUCAAGGACCUUAAGGAGCAAGAUAGAGGUGUCACAUGAGGCAAAAAGGAGAGCUGCUUCAUUACCAAUUUUCAUGUGCCAUGGAAUUAGUGAUGAUGAAGUUCCCUACAAAUUUGGAGAGAAAUCAGCUCAAUCCUUGAGUUCAGCAGGGUUUCAAUAUACAACCUUCAAAUCCUAUGAUGGGAUUGGUCAUUAUACAGUUCCUAGAGAGAUGACUGAUGUUUCCAAUUGGCUUGGCUCAAGGUUAGGGCUUGAGGGACCCUUAUAAGGAACAUGGUUUCAAUCAAGUGAUGUUGGAGAAGAUGUGUGGAAUGGAACAAAAACAAGGAAGUUGGAGAAGGACAUGAAGAACUAGGUAGAUAUAAUGGAAUGAUUUAUAGGUAUAUGUAAUAUGAUGAAAAUGGAUUCACUGAUUUUGAAUCCAAUGUCUUUUGAUAACUUUAGGUGAGAAAGAGAUUGAGGAAAAUAACAAGAGAUGGUGUGUUAUAGAAGAGAGAUAGAUAGACAGAAUGCAGUUUCUGUCAUAAAGGUAGAGAGAAUCUAAUGGUGUGUUAUAUGAGUCUUUUUUGCCAAGUGGAGAUAUAGAUAUCUAGAUAUGUUUGUUUGUUGUAAUCUAUAUAUAUCAUUUUAGAACCUAUAGACAUUCAAUACUACUAU